AUGAGCGCACAGGGUCAAGUCCGGAGCGUCAAGCACGGCAGCAUCGGUGAAGUCGAAGCCGGAAAAGGCUCCAUCACCAGAUACGCCGAUGGCCGACCAACGCGCUUCACCUUCAAAACAAAGUUCGACCGCGCCCCACACUUACAGGUAACGCCAAUCUUUAUUGAUCCAAAGGCAGCCUUCAAGAACUUCUGGAUUUAUCACCUUGCUCCUUCGGGAGACCAGGCGGUUGACGAGAGUGGCUUCUAUCUGGGGUGUUGUGGUGAGACGGGGUUGACUAUUCACUUUGAGUACCUUGCUACUGCUGUCUAUACGGCUGGGGAUGAAGCCCUCAAGGAACCGAAAGGAAAGCGCCGUCGUAGCUGUGUGGCUGAGACGAGCCCCUCGUCGUGUUCUGACACCGGACAAGAGGAGGAUGUUGGUGAUAUGUCUUACUUUAAAGUCGAAGCUGGCUUCCCGAGCCCUGCUGGUGCCACUUUCUUGACCAAUGAAGAGUCUCAUGAAGCGGCGAAGAAUUUGUCAAAGCCCAAGACGCGCCGAGCUCCUGGCCCCGCCGGGGUCAAUUGUUUUAUUCCCUUCAGGAAGAAGCGCAAGUACUAA